AUGAGUUACGGUAACUACGGCAAGAAAGACGAGGAUGCCGACCUCGGGCUGGUCAAGGUCGACAGAGUUCAGGUCUUCCAGGAGGCUCGACUGUUCAACAGCUCCCCAAUCCAGCCGCGACGAUGCCGCAUUCUUCUGACCAAGAUCGCCCUGCUCCUCUACACCGGCGAGAAGUUUCCCACCCGCGAAGCCACCGACCUCUUCUUCGGUAUCUCGAAGCUAUUCCAGAACAAAGAUGCCAGCUUGCGACAGAUGGUGCACCUUGUCAUCAAGGAGAUUGCCUCCUCCGCUGAGGACAUUAUCAUGGUCACGAGCACCAUCAUGAAGGACACUGGUGGAAGCACAGAUGCCAUCUACAGACCCAAUGCCAUUCGUGCCCUGUGUCGGAUUAUAGAUGCCACCACGGUCCAGUCAAUCGAGCGUGUGAUGAAGACGGCUAUUGUUGACAAGAACCCCUCUGUAUCGUCCGCCGCUCUCAUAUCCUCGUACCACCUUUUGCCGAUCGCCAAAGACGUCGUCCGAAGAUGGCAGUCCGAGACGCAAGAGGCCGCCGCCUCGACCAACUCCCUCCCGACAAACAACUCGACCAUGACACAAUAUCAUGCCAUUGGUCUUCUCUACCAGAUGAGGUCGCACGACAGGAUGGCCCUGGUCAAGAUGGUGCAACAAUUCAGCCAGCCUGGCACGAUCAAGAGCCCUGCUGCUACAGUCAUGCUCGUCCGACUAGCUGCGCAGCUGGCUGAGGACGACCCUUCGCUGAGAAAACCCAUGAUGACAUUGUUGGACGGAUGGUUGCGCCACAAGAGUGAGAUGGUCAACUUCGAGGCUGCCAAGGCCAUUUGCGAUAUGCGGGAUGUUACCGAUAGAGAGGUCGAGCAGGCUGUCCACGUUUUGCAACUGUUCCUGUCCUCUCCGCGUGCUGUCACCAAGUUCGCAGCACUCCGUAUCCUCCACAACUUUGCCUCCUUCAAGCCUCAAGCUGUCAAUGUUUGCAACCCCGACAUCGAGCUUCUCAUCUCGAAUAGCAACCGUUCGAUCGCCACUUUUGCUAUCACAACACUUUUGAAGACUGGCAACGAAGCUUCCGUCGACCGUCUCAUGAAGCAGAUCAGUGGCUUCAUGUCAGAGAUUACAGAUGAAUUCAAGAUUACAAUCGUCGAGGCCAUCCGAACGCUGUGCCUCAAGUUCCCCAGCAAGCAGGCCGGUAUGCUUGCCUUCUUGAGCGGUAUUCUUCGUGACGAGGGAGGUUAUGAGUUCAAGCGUGCUGUGGUCGAAAGCAUGUUUGACCUUAUCAAGUUCGUGCCAGAAUCAAAAGAAGAUGCUCUCGCGCACUUGUGCGAGUUCAUUGAGGACUGCGAGUUCACUAAACUCGCUGUCCGCAUCCUCCAUCUUCUUGGUCUCGAAGGUCCAAAGACAUCGCAGCCCACCAAGUACAUUCGCUAUAUUUACAACCGAGUGGUUCUGGAGAACGCCAUUGUCAGAGCUGCUGCUGUGACUGCUCUAGCCAAGUUCGGUGUUGGACAGAAGGACCCAGAAGUCAAGCGUAGUGUCAACGUCUUGCUCACACGCUGCUUGGAUGAUGUUGAUGACGAGGUUCGUGACCGUGCGGCCCUGAACCUGAGGUUAAUGCACGAUGAGGAUGAAGAGGCUGCACGCUUUAUCAAGAACGGCAACAGCAUCCCAGUUGUGACGAGGGAACAGGCGGAUGCAGAGGACCGUACCAAGAAACUCACCGCCACUACUCCAUCUCUCAAACCACCAAAGACUGGCCCAACCAAGGCUGCCUCUACUGGCGCCGAGGCUCAAGCUACCGCCGCCGCAGCUCAACAGAAGUAUUCUCAAGAACUUUUGGCCAUCCCAGAGCUCAAGGAGUUUGGUGCUGUACUCAAAUCCUCACCAGUCGUUGAACUCACCGAGGCCGAGACGGAAUACGUCGUGAAUGUUGUCAAGCAUCUUUUCAAGGAGCACGUUGUUCUUCAAUAUGAAGUUAAGAACACGCUUCCGGCUACUGUGCUGGAAAACGUCUCGGUGGUUGCCAUGCCAUCAGACGAGGAGGAACUCGAGGAAGUCUUCAUUCUUCAGGCCGAGAAGCUUGCAACAGACGAACCGGGCAAGGUCUACGUUGCAUUCAAGAAGGUGAAUGGCGAGGGAUCGAUGCCUACCAGCACCUUCUCGAACAUACUCAAAUUCACCAGCAAGGAGAUUGACCCCACCACAAACGAGCCAGAGGAUACUGGAUAUGAUGACGAGUACGAGAUUGGCGACUUUGAUCUGUCAGGCAGCGACUACGUUGUCCCCGCGUUUGCAGGAAACUUUGCACACAUCUGGGAGCAGGUUGGUGCUUCUGGAGAGGAAGCCGAGGAGACGCUGCAGUUGUCUGGCAUCAACAGUAUAGCGGAUGCCACGGAGCAACUGGCCAAGACCCUGUCGCUCCAGCCACUGGAGGGCACCGAUGUACCGGUCAACCAAACCACACACCAGCUCAAGCUGCUGGGCAAGACGGUAAAUGGUGGGCGUGUGGUUGCCAACAUCCGGAUGGCAUACUCUUCAAAGUCGGGUGUUACAACAAAGAUUACCGUGCGCAGCGAGGAAGAGAACGUGGCAGCGUUGGUCAUUGCGUCUGUCGCUUGA